UUCUCUUAGCUCCCUCCUGAAUACCGAUCCCGAUGUCUUGUUUAUCGGGUUCGAUAUUCAGGGAUUCAACUAAUCCACGAAAUUGGGAAGUUGACAACUUCACUCUGAGGUCAAGACUGGCUUAGUCUACAUCUCUCUAAUAUGGGCUAAAUCCUGACAGAUGUAAACUUGAGGAAAUGAAGUGAUCCCUGAAAAUAUAUUGGAGAUGGUAAACAACAGCUAGUAGAGCAGUUCUUUCAAAUGUUGUUGGAACUAGCUGAAACCAAGGAAAAAGACAAAACCUAUAAUGGCUUUCAGAGAAAAAUCUGCCAGUUCUAUUUUGCCUUACACAUGUGUAUACAUUGAUGCAGAAUUUGCAGACAUUUUUGGAGCAGCAUCACGGUGCCUGAAAUGUUGUGGCAACAGAGAACAAGCAGUCCAAGAGCUGAAACAGAUGUGGACCACUCCAACCAAUCAGAACUGUGUACUCCCAUGCCUGUCAGUUAGAACUGGUUUAGACUUGUUUUUACAAGUGAAAAAUUAUCCUCCAGGGUCAGAGGUCAUUAUGUCUGCCAUCAAUAUUCCAGACAUGGUAUACAUCAUUAAACACCACGGACUGAAGGUUGUUCCGUGGGAUGUGGAUAUAGAGAGAACGAGUCCCAAGCUAGAUCAGCUGAAGCCCCUUAUAACAGACAAGACAGUAGCUAUACUAGUAGCUCAUAUAUACGGAAAGUUAGUAGAGAUGGAUAGCAUAAUAGACAUUGCCCGGGAACGCAAUAUAUUCGUCAUAGAGGAUUGUGCCGAGUCUUUCUGUGGAUUUGAUUGGUUAGGAAACCCACGGACAGAUUUAGCUCUUUUUAGUUUUGGUGUGAUUAAACCUUCAACAGCCUUCGGUGGUGCUAUAGCAAAAAUCAGGGAUGAUGAAUUAUUUGAGAAAAUGUCAAGACAAAACUCUGUAUAUCCUGUGCAAAAGCAGAGGGAAUAUUUCAAGAAGUUGACCAAGUAUUUUCUGGUGUACUUGCUAUUGGACUGUCCUCAAGUGGUCAAACCAGCCAUGUGGCUCACACGGACACUCAAUAUAGACCACAAACAAUACAUUAUAAAAAUGUUGAGGGGUUUUCCAAGUGACAUGGUUCUCCGAAUUCGCCAACAGCCAUCUGCUGCCCUUCUGUAUACCCUACUACACAGACUCAAAAACUUCAAGCCAGCGGAGUUCAAAACAUCAAAUAUAAAGGGAGAGUAUGUUCGUGAGCGGCUGCCGGACUGCGUGACACUGGUAGGGGGAGAGUGUUCAGUAAACAAUUACUGGCUUUACCCUAUAUUAGUGGAAAAUCCUGAUACUAUAGUCAAGAUUCUGAAUGCCAUGGGCAUUGAUGCAUAUCGAGGCGCCACGCAGUUGAACAUAAUAGAACCAGAGAAGUGGAACCCCCACCUGGACUACUUUGCCCCCCUGAUUCAUUACUACCCCCAUGAGGCUCGCUAUCUUAUAGACCAUGUUGUGUACUUGCCAGUCAACAAGUCUGUACCGUUCCACGUUCUAGACCAGAUCUGCAAAGGAUUGGAAGUUGCCAUCAAGAUCAGCAGAAAUGGCCGCAGUGUGAGUGUUCGGCCCCACUCCAAGCUCGUGGAAGACAUCUCAGGAAAGGCUCUGGGGAAGAUAAAGAUUGGAACCACAGAUGACACCGGUGUUCACCGACUUAACCGGCUUUACUGCAUGGCCUUUUUCAUUGUACUCACCCUGUUUGCAAGUGCUAAACAGUUUGUCGGGGAACCAAUCUCAUGCUGGUGCCCGGCUCAGUUCAAAAAAUUCCACGUGGCUUACGCAAAUGCUUACUGCUGGAUCAAAAACACUUACCGUGUACCGUUUGAGCAGGUUCUUCCAGAAGAACACAAAGAGCGAGAAGAAAUGGAGAUCAUGUACUAUCAAUGGGUACCUGUCAUCUUUGCAUUUCAAGCUUUUUUGUUCUUUCUUCCCAGAAUGUUUUGGAAGCACUGGAAUGGCUAUUCCGGCUUUGACUUGAAGAAAGUCCUGAAGAUAGCAGAAGAUGCUACCUACGAAAGUCCCGAUGAAAGGAAAGAGAAAGUUGGAUAUUUGGCUAUUUUUGUUGACAGAUGGAUAGACGUGAGAGAUAGUAUUGUAAGUAAAUCAAAAACUAAGACAAAGAUCAAAGCAGCCUGCGCAAACGGAGGAUUUCAUCACGGAAACUUCAUGUCGGUUUUCUACAUCUUCACAGAUUUUCUGUAUUUUGCUAAUUCUCUCGGCCAGAUCUUUCUAUUGGAGGCUAUUUUAGGCAAUAACUUUCUUCGCGUCGGUCCGGACUUUAUCAAAUUAAUGUUUGAAAGUAAGAAAUGGGAAGACAUGUCUCGCUUUCCCCUGGUCACGUAUUGUGACUUCGACAUCAGACAGUUGUCUAACUUACAACGUUGGACCGUACAGUGUUCGCUACCAGUGAACUUGUUCAACGAAAAACUUUUCGUAGUGAUCUGGUUCCUUCUCUUUGGAAUGACUCUCCUCAAUGGACUCCAUUUCAUCUGGAGCGCCAUCAUAUUUUGUCUACCUUGGAGACAACACGAGUAUGUCAAAAAGUACCUAAGUCUGACGGGGCCCAUGUUCUAUAACUCCAGCGGGACUGCCCGACAGAAAGACCUCGUAGACAAGUUCGUGGAGAGGUAUCUUAAGAGAGACGGCGUGUUUGUAAUUUGGAUGGUGUCAGCCAAUACUAGCCAGGUUCUGGCAUCAGAGUUGGUCGAUGCACUGUGGUUAAACUAUUGUAAAAAACCCGCGAUACAGAGUUAUAUGAAUCUCAACGAAGAUGAGAUUCAAUGCUGAUUCCGUUGUUAUGCAAAAUUAUUUUUGUUCAGCGUAAAUAUCCAAAACUAUGCAAUAUACGAUAAGGUUGUGAAUCUUGUGACAUUGCAAUUAAGAUUUUUUGUUUGUCAUUACAAUAAUGUAGCAAAGUGUUGAUAAUCACAGUGUAAGUUUUGCUACAGUAACUCGUUUAGUUAAUGUAAGUAAUCGUGUAUGAGUUGAAUAAAUACUACUUUCGUAUGUUACAAGAUGGUGCUUUUUAAAUGAUAGACAAUCAGUGACAGUGAUCUGGAAGGAACUGACAUGUCUCCAAUUUAUCUCGUCUAAGUCUAGUAUAAACGUAUAUUUUUUUGUUAUAUUUUAAGAUCACAAAGUGCUUCCCGUUGGAAAAUUGUUAUAGCAGCAGCAAUCAAGACAGUUCUAUACUUCGAAAAUGUAUAAAUGUUGAAGACUUAAUACCCACAGCAAUCACACAAAACUUUACAGUUUGGUACUUGUGCAUAUAGUAGUAAAAUUUGAAAUUGCGGUACCGCAAUAUCACCUUAAUAAGAUCUAGAAUUGAUACCUUUACUUAAUCUGAAACUGUUCUUUCUAUAGCUUUCGUGGAAAUUCUGUGUAAAUAGGACACCAAAAACGCCCCCCGCGUAAUUCAAAAUUGCAGCAUAAUCGACCGAAGCUCCAAACAAAUUAAUGCUGUCUAACUAAUUUUAAACGCAUUAUUUUGUUGCAUUGAACAAUCCGUUGGAUUAAAUACAGAUUAUUGAUAAAUAAUGGUCUUCUUCUACACCGGUGCUUGAUGUUUUCUCAAUAUUUUAUUAUAUACUACGCCAUUUUGGAACUUUUAUUUCUUUGUCUAUAUAUAAGUUUACUCCUGUCCAGUGUCUACUAAGUAUUUUUUGUAGUAAAAUGCAAAUAAGUUUCAGUACUGUUAUUUACCACUAUGUUUAUUGUAUAGAAUUGCAUUUGUUCCCUUUAUAUCUUUUUAUUGUUGAAUAAAAUUGGAUUGAAGCUCAC